AUGGAUGCGAUUGUCCAAUAUGACAAAUCCGAAUUUCAUGAGACCUCAUCAGGCAUCAAAAUAUCCAAGAAAUCCAUAAUCAAAGGCACUGAGCAAAUCAAUGUGAGUGGCAGAUGCAUCUUUUUUAAUGAUGUCAUUUUGAGAGGUGAUCUAGCCAAAGUGUCCAUUGGCAAAUAUUUGGUUGUCCAUGAGAAGGUCACUCUAAAGCCCUCCUACACAUAUGGCUACACCAAGGAAUCACCUACCAAAAAGAUCAUUAAAUUCCUCCCCUUGAUGAUAAGCGAUUACGUAGAAAUCGAGUCAAGUUCAAUUAUACAAGCGACCAAGAUCGGUACUUGCACGUCAAUCGGAAAAAACUGUUACAUUUCACAUAGAUGUAUAAUCGGAGAAAACUCUAUAAUUCUUGAUGAUUCCAUAUUGCCACCUGAUACGGUUGUACCAGCGAAUAGUGUAUAUGGAGGGAGACCAGCAGUCUACAUAGCAGAAACGCCAGAAUCAACUGCUAUCAUUUAGAAGCAAAAAUUGAUCAAUUUUUAUAAAAACUUUGUGCCUAAGAGUUGA